UUGUUCCGUCAACACAACGCUUCCCCCAUCCCAUGUGAUACCCUGACGUAGCGUUUCGUUCUGCGUUGCCCUGAUGCAGGGGGUUUCCAUCAUGGCGUCGAUGCAGAAAAGGCUACAAAAGGAACUAAUGGCUUUGCAAAAUGAUCCGCCCCCUGGAAUGACGCUCAAUGAGAAAAGUGUACAGAACACAAUCACACAAUGGAUUGUAGAUAUGGAAGGAGCCACGGGCACACUCUAUGAAGGAGAGAAAUUUCAGUUGCUUUUCAAAUUCAGUGGUCGGUAUCCUUUCGAUUCACCUCAGGUAAUGUUCAUGGGAGAGAAUAUACCUGUCCAUCCUCACGUUUAUAGCAACGGUCACAUCUGUCUUUCAAUACUAACAGAAGACUGGUCGCCAGCCCUGUCAGUGCAGUCAGUCUGUCUCAGCAUCAUCAGCAUGCUGUCCAGCUGCAAAGAAAAGAGACGGCCCCCCGAUAACUCCUUUUACGUAAAAACAUGUAACAAAAACCCAAAGAAGACAAAAUGGUGGUAUCACGAUGAUACAUGCUAAUUAACUUUCUAAUAGUCCUACUGUCCCACAUAAAGCACUUUUGAAUCAUACAGUCACUGAACUGACCUUUUGACUGGAGCAAUGGACACCGUGAUGCGCUGGGGAGACUUUUUUUUUUGAACUGCAUUUCCCAGAGGGCAGUUGGGUGCAUGUUUUAGCCGGUUGUAAUAUACAAAAUGAGAAAAUAAAGUUAUAUGUCCCAACAAUGGAUUGUUUUGGCCAAAAGAUCGUUAUGCAGCCAGCAAAAUAAAUGGUUUUGGAGUGAGAUUAUUAUAUUAUUAUUGUUUUAAAAUGAUUCUUGUUUCCUUUUGUGUUUGUUUGAGUACAUUUAAAAGGUUGUCAUCGUGUGUAAUAAUAAUAAUAAUAACAGCAACGGUGGAUGCAUACUUGGGCAUACAAAGAGACUUCAAUAGGUUAUACCAGGAAGAGGAUCUGAGCACCUUAUACCAGGAAGAGGAUCUGAGCCUCUUAUACCAGGAAGAGGAUCUGAGCAUCUUAUACCAGGAAGAGGAUCUGAACAUCUUAUACCAGGAAGAGGAUCUGAG